CCCCGCUAUAAAAGGUGGGUCCCCGGAGCGGGGAGGGCAUAGUGAGGGGGAUCCUUGGUUUGGUUGUGGUUCGUUCGUAGAGCGGAUUAUAGCAGCGGCAUCCGGCGGAUUUUUCGGCAAGCGUUCUAGGUAAGUGAGAGAAGAUGGCCCGUACAAAGCAGACUGCGCGUAAAUCCACUGGUGGCAAAGCUCCACGUAAACAGCUGGCUACUAAAGCAGCUCGAAAAAGUGCUCCCUCUACUGGUGGAGUCAAGAAACCACAUCGUUACAGGCCUGGUACUGUGGCCCUUCGUGAGAUUCGUCGUUAUCAGAAGUCUACAGAGCUGUUGAUCCGUAAGCUUCCCUUCCAGAGGUUGGUAAGGGAAAUUGCCCAAGACUUCAAAACAGACUUGAGGUUCCAGAGUGCAGCUAUUGGUGCACUGCAGGAGGCAAGUGAAGCAUAUCUGGUGGGUCUGUUUGAAGACACAAAUCUGUGUGCCAUUCAUGCCAAGAGAGUCACCAUCAUGCCCAAAGACAUCCAGCUGGCUCGCAGGAUACGGGGGGAGAGAGCUUAAGUGAAAGCUGGUUUUUAUGGUGUUUUGUAGUAAAUUCUGUAAAAUACUUUGGUUUUAAUUUGUGACUUUUUUUUGUAAGAAAUUGUUUAUAAUAUGUUGCAUUUGUACUUAAGUCAUUCCAUCUUUCACUCAGGAUGAAUGCUAAAAGUGACUGUUCACAUAAACCUCAGUGAUGUGAGCCUUGUUGCUCAAGAGUGACAAGUUGCUAAUAUGCAGAAGGGAUGGGUGAUCUUUCUUGCUUCUCAUGCAUGUUUCUGUAUGUUAAUGACUUGUUGGGUAGCUAAAAUUGUAAGGUACUAGAAUUGAUAUAAAUGUGUACAGGGUCCUUUUGCAAUAAAACUGGUUAUGACUUGA